UUGUUCUCGGUUUACAAACGACACAAUCACCUAGUUUUCGCAGUUGUUGAAACGAUAGGCGGCGGUAUCGGAAACACUUGACGUUGUAAAUGCCACGAAGAAGAAUCGGUUUAACCGGAAGUUAGAGAGGCGGGAGAUUGAAAGACGUAAACAGACUUUCGGUGGAGUGGCUUGUUGUUGUUGUUGUUUAACACAUAAAUUAGCCGAAAUGCUGAACAAGGCUCCCAAAUUGAAACAUACUGUUAAAGGGAAGAUGAAGAGUAACGUAAAGAUGGGACCAGCGUCAGAGGCAAUGCUUGAGCUCCUAACGCUGGUGUUUGUGAACAGCCUGGCAGAGGAGGCGAAGGCCAAAGCUUUUGAAGAAAAAUCUGCAACCAUCAGAGCUCAACAUCUCAAAGCAGUUUCCAAAAAAGUGCUGAAAAAAGCAAGGGGAUGAAGACCGUGACAUGCGUCCACAAGAUUUUUAUGGACAUAAUUAUGAGUUAUAGCAGCAAUAUUUUUGCUUUUGAUAAUACUUUUUUUUUCCUUCUGAAAUAUACUUUUUGUGUUUUUCAUUCUGUCUUUGUUCUGAAUCUUUUUGUCAUGCCAAAAUGGUAUUUUUAAAUUAAACUCUUGUGAAUAUUACAA